UGGUGUACCGGUACGGGGGGCUGACGAAAAUUCUAUUCACCGCGAUCUAGCGAGCAUGUCACGUAGUAUCGUGUUGCUGUGAGGAUUUCCGUUGUGUCGCGCCAAGACACCGUCGGCCCUUUUCGCGGCACGGUCGUGCGAAGAUGGCGAAUCUCGUCGUACGAGACGCGAGUCUCGUGUACGCGAUUCAUUGUCAGUUUGCGAUGCACCCGGCGCGCGACGACCUAUCAACAUCCCUUCAGAAUGCUGAUCUGAUAAGUCUUAUCAGUAGGACGAUCAAACGUGCACAGCCGAAAGGGUUAGUCGCGCGCGAUGUUACACGACAACAAUCGAUACGAUUUGCGCGCCGCGACUCCGUAGAGGAUUAUGUCGGCGCAAAGUGCGGAUCUUCCGAAAUGCAUUACGAAUCAGGAGGAAGAAAUGAUCUUGCACGAGGCUGAGAAUAAUCCUGUGGACAUAUUCCAAUGUCUGUCAGUUAUGAUCAAUGAAGAUCAUGUCAACAACACAGGACAGAUACAAGAACUUAUAUUGGAUGACCAAUUGCUUGGCACAAUGGUAACUACGAUUACACUGCCUGAUGGAACCCAAGCUUUCGUUACAAAUAAUAUUGAUUCAGACUUCAAGACACAAACAUUACAAACAUUUGAAAAUGGGGACACUAUUUUACUACGAGGUCUAUCAGAAUUCAAUGAUGCCAAGACUCUUCAAUUAGAAUUAAAUCAAACUUCGUUUGUACAAACCAAAGCUACUACUAUGGACAAUGAGGAAAAUACUUAUUCACAAGUGGAAUUUAUCAAUGGCACAACAUAUAUGGUAGCUGGCCAUGUGAAUGUUGGUGAAGGUUUAUGGGAAAUCGAAGAUGGAAAAUUAAAAAAGAAAGAUCCCAAGAUUUUAAUUGAUAAGUUAUCGGAUGCAAAAAUUAGAUAUCCUUGUCCAAGAGAAGGUUGUUCCAAAGUUUACAGUACACCACAUCAUCUCAAGGUUCAUGAGCGUUCGCACACGGGUCAGCGACCGUACAGAUGUACUCACUCGAAAUGCAAAAAGAGCUUCUCGACGGGGUAUAGUCUAAAAGCGCAUCUGCGGACUCAUACGGGCGAGAAACCGUACAAAUGCACAAACGAAACCUGUAAUAAGAGUUUCAAAACAUCGGGUGAUCUAUUGAAACAUGUGCGGACUCACACGGGAGAGCGCCCUUUCAUAUGCCCGUUCGAUGGUUGUGGUCGAUCCUUCACCACAAGUAAUAUCAGAAAGGUUCAUGUGAGAACACACACCGGUGAACGGCCGUAUAAAUGUACGCAGCCAAAGUGUGGUAAAGCAUUCGCCAGCGCGACAAAUUACAAGAACCACAUGCGAAUUCACUCUGGUGAGAAGCCUUAUAUUUGCACCAUGGAAAAUUGCGGUAAAAGCUUUACCGAAUACUCUAGUCUGUAUAAACAUCAUCUUGUACAUACACAGCAACGACCGUUCGAAUGCACAUUGUGCUCCAAGAGGUACCGACAAAGCAGCACUCUGGUGAUGCACAAAAGAACAGCUCACGCAUUUAUCGACAGUAAUGACGGUACCGAUGUGUUUUUUCAAGACACCUUGGAUAUCUCUAGUCAGAUUAGAAACAAGAUCACGAAAGAAACCCACAAACUACCAGGUAAAAAUGGACAGAUUCAGAUUUCUAAGGUAGUCGAAAAUGCAAGCGACAAAGAGCCACAGAUCUUAUUCGUUGGCGAUCCUUCGCAAAUUGCUGCGUUACAGAAAAUCGAUCUGGACGAAAGCUUUGAUGAUCCUGGCAUCGAUACGACUUUCGAGGGACUGAACAUAAAGAUCGAGGAUAUAGAAUUCGGAUGGAAUUAGUGCAGAAGAAGAGGAAGAAGCUAGUGCAUAAAACGUGGGAAAGUCAUGAGCGUUAAAUGUUAAUGAUCUAAUUAACACUCGUGAAUGUACUUUUUAAUAUCGGAGCUCAAAAUCAAAUAAGUUAAUUACGUAAAGUAAUAAAUUGAGUGCUAUCAAAGCGAUAUUCGACUGCGUAAAUGACUGGUAGUGGCAAAUUAGUUAGGAUGCGAAUAAUUUAAUUUUGGUAUCAGUUUUAGUAAAUUUACCAGAUAAAAGUACACAGUGGCGUUAGCAUCUGUAAUAAUCAGUGAUGGUUACUGUACUAUAGUACCUUGUUUUAAUAGUCAUUAACAUAAGUAAUGAUUGAAUCUGAUGUGAUUUCGGUAAAUUUAAAAUUUCCGACACAAUCGAGACGCUAAAGCUUAUAAGUGCGCAUCUUUUGACGCGUGCGAACUUUGAAUUUCCUGGAUUAUUUUAGUUUAAAAUUGUACUGCAAAUGUUAGAAAUAUUAUUUUUGCUAUACAUUUUUACUUGCAAAUACAUUCUGAGAGGCAGAUUAAAAACCACUACAAUAUUGAAGAAAAAAUUAUAAGAUGUGUUUCCUCAAUAUUUUUCGCGUAUCUAAAACAUCAAAAUUAGGUAUCACCGAAAUUACAUUGGUUUUAAUCUGAAUAUAAGCGAAAUAAGAUUUAUUGCAGUUUACUGAAGAGCUCAAUGUUCAAUAUAUAAUAUGUUGAUUUCUUCUUAAACUAAAGGCAGUGCCUUACCUGAAAGUUUGUGAAUGUUGAAGAAAAAAAAAAUAUAUAUAUAUAUAUAUAUAUAUUAUAUCUAUAUUACAUUUUGUCCAUCUGUAGUUAUCGAGUGUGCACACGAUAUUUUCAUGUGUCAUUCUGAACCUCUUGUUCACACAAACUUGCAUAUAGGGAAAGCAAUAAUUGAUAAAAUGCUGCACACUGUAAUCACAUUUGCAGCUUGCAAUAUUACUUUGUGCAAUUUUAUUUUCAAAUUAAAUGACUAAGUGACGCAUUUUAAUUUCUCCAGUAGUAGUUUUGAAAUAAAAAGUUUUAUUAUUGUUGCCAUAAACUGUAGCGCUUAAUUUUUAUUUUAAUAGUUCACUUUAAUUACUUUGAUUUAACAUCAUAUUUCCUAAAAUCGGUGGAAAGUCUGAGAAAAAGUUGUGUUUGCGCUAUAAAGUGCUGCAACAAAUAGCAUAUUAAAUUUGCGAUAUUCCAAGACAACCUAAGUCAACUAGAAAAGGCUAAUUUAUGUUACUUCCGUUGUUAAGUACAUUAAAAUAUCGUAACAAAUAUGGUAUAAAAAAAAAGUAAUGCCAUAUAGCUAGCAACUCUGACAAAUACCUUUCAUUGUAAUUGAUAUUAGAACGUAGCGUGAUGGUGUAUUAUAAAAAAUAUAGAAAUUGAAAGAUUUGUGAUGACAUACUUUGUAACAAUAGAUGGAUACGAUAUUUAUGUGAUGCACAAAUGUUCCACGAACGUCGAAAAGAUAACAUAUGUAUUAUGUUUUGUAAUAAUUUUUGAAUUAAAUUGCUUUUCUUUUUUA